UGUGAGUAGAGGAGCUAAGUUGCCCAGUUCUGAAUAUCCUUAAAAGGAUACUUAAUAAAGACCUCUUAAUCAAGAUAAACCAUGAAGAGCUCUGGCUCCACCCUAGUGAGUCAAGAUUUCCUCUCUUGUUUCUUUGCCUGGUGAUGAGGUACUCAAAGAAAGGAAACUUAAGUGAUCUGAUUGCGGCACAUAGAGACCUGAAGAAGAAAAUGGACCUAAUGAUAAUGGAAAAAUUCCUGGGACAGGUAUUGGAUGCCGUGGCAUACCUGCAUCAGAUGAAUGUGAUUCACAGGAACAUCAAACCAUCCAACAUCAUAUUGAUAGGUGAAAGCUACUGCAUGCUGGAGGACUUGAGUGUGGAAACUCUGAUGCUAGAUGAGGCAAAGUGGAAGAUCCGAGCCCUAGAAGACCCAACUUUCAAGUCCUGGAUGGCUCCGGAAGCUCUUGAGUUCAUAUUCAGCCCUAAAUCAGACAUCUGGUCUCUUGGCUGCAUCAUCCUGGACAUGGCCAGUUGUUCUUAUACGAAUAAAGCUGAUGCCUUGGCUACACGAGUGGCAAUUCGAGAACAUCCUAAAAAGUUACUAAAAGCAUUGGAGAAAAUUCGGAAGCAUGAUAUAGCCAAAGCUGAUCCCAUUAUUGAUGUUUUGAUAGCAAUGCUUCAUAUUAAUCCAGAAGACAGAAUAUCAGCAAAGAAUCUAAUGAAUUUGCCCUUUGCAAGUGAUUGUUUGUUGGCUUCUGGCAUACCUCUGUCUAAAAGAAAGCAUCCGUGGCCUGCAUCUAUCACCGAAACCCUGUUGCAAGGAGGACUCCCAAAUGUAAUAGAGGUCAUGAAUUGCUUCUUGGACAGACCUGAGGUGCAGAUCAAGGCAUUAGAACAACUUCUGGUUUUAGUUGACCAAGAUGAAGGUCUGCCAUGGAUUUUUGAUGUGGUGGAAUCAGUGGCAACCAUCAUUCUGAGCCACCAGAACAACCUCCAGAUCCAGAUGUGUGCCUGCAAGUUGCUGUCCAAAGUUCUGAGCAAAGCCCUUUUAGAUCAUCCAGAUAAUGUACCGAAUGAAAAACAUGUUGUCGACGCCCUGCUUUCCACCUGGCGAAACUACCCCACCAAUGAAGAGUUGCUCUCCAUGGUCUGCCAAAUGCUUUUGAUUAUUUCAUCCAAUGAAGCUUCAAUGGAGCACCUCCAGAACCUUUGUAUGUUUGCUGACAUCAAUGAGUGUCUGAAUAAUUUCCCGCAUAAUAAGCAGAUCUGCUUAUCUUGUUUGGGCCUCCUCUGGAGCCUCACAGUGAAUGCUGCCCUGGUAAACAAGACACCCCUAAAGGAGGCUGUGCAGCUCACCCUGAAGAUCUUGGAUAUCUACCUCAGUGAUGGAGACAGAGCAGAAUCUGCUUGCUCCGCCCUCUGGGUGCUGUCCUUGAAAGGCUGCAUAGAGGGUGGUGAAUUUGAGCACGUGACGCUUCUGUUGCUGAAAUGUAUCCAGUUGCAUAUGCAAAGACCUGUCUUGGUGAAUAAUGCCUAUCUGGGGCUGGCCAGCCUGGCAAGGACUUCAGAGCUGGCAGCCUUUCGGAUUAUAGUAAUCGAUGAGGACAGUCCUGGCAUAUCGUUGAUCAAGGUAACUUACCAGGCACACAAGGAUGACCCAGAGGUGGUGGAGAACAUGUGCAUGCUGCUGUUGGAGCUUGUUUUAUAUGAUGAGAUUGUGCCAGAGUUGUUCUCUAAUAAUAUAGAUGAAAUGCUGCUGGAAAUCCAAGCAAGGUUUACAUCAAGUGAGGAGCUCAUAAAACUUGCGACCAAGGCAAUUAAGAAAAUGAACGAGUCACUUCCCCAAAUGAAGUCAGAAAAGUCUCAGAAACAAAGAAAUACAAGAGUCCACCAAUGAAAAUAUCUGUCCUCUCAUGAGACGUCAUACUUGUGCCAUCUUGUCUUUAACUGGGAAAAAAAUAAGACCCUGUUCUUUUAUCACCACAUACUCAGCCAGUGAAAGUGCUACCUUUCCUUAAUUGUAAAGAUUUUUGGAAGAACUUAGCAAUCUGUCUCUAACAAGAAUUCAAAAAUAUAUAAUAAAGGGGAAUAAUUAAUUUCACCUA